AGUUCACUUGAUCGGUUCAAUUGGUUGACUAAAAAAGGUAAACAGCUUUUUAAAGAGGUGAGCGGAGAGGACAAUGACUAGUGAAGGAGAGGACGAUGACUGGCGAAGGAGAGGCAGAUCUGUUCUGUCAAUGGAAGAAGGAGGUGAGCAGCGAAGGGCUGAGAUCAGGGAGGUAGUUGUGGAGUCGCCGACGGCUGGGAUCAGGGAGGCAGUUGGCCGACGGCUGGAAACCGUCGAUGAAGGUGGCUUGAGAUUGGGCAAGGAAAGGCAGACGGUGGUGACUGGUGAGUGGUACUGGUGACUGUUUGUCUCUUCCUCUGCUCUCUUUUGUUUCUGAUUUGUUGUUGGUUUGCUUUUGCAAUGUAUUGAGAUAGAAAAUCCGAUUGUUUGAGACUUUAGUUUUUUUUCUUUUUUUUUUGGUGGAAGUUUGAGACUUUAGUUUUGUUUUUUAAUUGAUUUUAUCUUUUAAUUUUUAAUUUAAAUAUAUGAUUUUUAUUGU